CGACUCAUGGUGGUGUUCGUCAUUUUUAACUUGUAGGAAAUGGCUACAGAGUCUGAGAAAGAUCUCGGUGAUACUGCUGGCACUGAGCCCGUCACAUCUACAGAUAAUGAAAUAAAGACAAAAAAGAAAAAGAAAAAGGGCCUACUGUCAAGAAUGUGGAAUAGUCUAUUUAGUUCACACAAAGAUGACUUUGAGAAGAGAUUGCAACAUAUUUCCAAGGAGGAGGCUGUUGUUAUUGCCAGAACAGUAAGACGAUCUCAAAGGUGGAGAAGGAUUUCAAGGAAUCUCAUUAUACUUUCUGUACUCUUCGAGGUUAUUGCAGUGGCUUAUGCUAUCAUGACAACAAGAUCGCUCGAGCUAAACUGGAAAAUGAGAGCGUUGCAAGUUUUACCAAUGUUUCUAUUACCUGGCUUAUCCUUCGUUACAUAUUCAGCGCUUGGAAGCUUCACGAGGAUGAAUGAACGUAGGGAUCAGAAGACUUUGGAAAGGCUUCAAGCUGAAAGGCAAGCCAAGAUUGAUGAACUCAAAGAGAAGACGAAUUACUAUGUAACGCAGCAGCUCAUUCAGAGGUAUGACACUGACCCAGCAUCUAAGGCAGCUGCGGCCACUGUGCUUGCAUCCAAGCUCGGUGCAGAUACUGGCUUGAAAGUUUCUCUGGGUGAUGAGUCUAAGCUUAAUGCCCCUGCUGGAAAGAGCAGUGACGUAGAAAUUGCGCAGUCUGCUGGACUGAGAAAUAGGAAGCAAGCCAGAUCUGGUAGCGCGGAGAGUGCUCUAUUGGAUCAUCCCGAAGGAGAAAUGCUUCAUGAUGUACAGCUUGAAGGUUCUAGUAAGAACCAACAUCAGCAAAUGAUUGUCGAGCAUUUCAAUCCUGCAGGUUCGAGCACACAAGACGGGGGAUGGCUUGCACGAAUUGCAGCAUUGCUUGUGGGAGAGGAUCCAACCCAAUCUUAUGCUCUUAUCUGUGGCAAUUGCCAUAUGCACAAUGGACUUGCAAGGAAAGAAGAAUUCCCCUAUAUAACCUACUAUUGCCCUCACUGCAAUGCCCUGAAUACGCCUAAGCAACUUGAUGAUAGCACCUCUGUAUCUAGUACACUGAACAUGGCAUCCACAACCAUUGUGGCUGAUGCGGAUUUGGUCAAACAGGACAGUGGAUCCAUGGCGGAGAGAGUCUCCGCAAGUAGCAGCCCUGUAGUUGCUUCCCCGGCAACAUCAGAAGGUGACAAUACAGUAGUUGCUGCCACAGCAACAACAGAAGGUGACAAUAUAGUCUCCAGUACUUCUAGCAGUUAAUACGUAACAGCUUGAAUGGAUUUGUGCAGGCAAAAAUGUAUUGAAGUGUGGUUAUUUUCUUCUUAGAUUGGUUAUCUGUAACUAUGUAUCUCCUGUAAACACAUGCUAGAAAAAACAAUAACUCAGAGAUAGCAGCUUCCCCAUCUGCCUUUCCUCCCACCUGCCUAAUAUGCAUUGUUUUGUAAUCAAGAUAUUGCACAUUUUUAGGUCUAUUACUAGAAAUUUUGUCCGGUUGCAGGAUCCUGCAGUUUCUUUUA